AUGGACUCCUCCACUCUAUCAAUCCCCAAAGCAGCUAUGGAUCCCACUACUCUGCCAGAUGAGAAGCCUGCUCCCGAAAACACCACCGAUCAUCUCACUACGCCAAAGCAGAACCCUGCUCUCGAAGAAAUCAAAUUCGGGCCCAUCCUCGAUGAUCUCAAGCGACUUGAUUCCGCCGCCGCAGCGGACCCUGAUGCAAUGACUGGGACCCCCGAGAAAAUCGCAGCUUUUCGAGCUACCUGCACCAAGCACUACGCAGAUAUCAUCAAGGCCCUCGAAAUGCAGCUCGAUGUUACCAAGCAAGCUCAAAGAUACACCGACGAAGUGAAGAAGAACGCCCCUAUCGAGCUGAAGGAGUUCCUCGAUCCCCACACUCCCAAUGAGGAAGCCGCUGACAAUUUGGAGAGUAUCGCGAGCUACAUCAAGCCUAUUGCCAAUCAUCUUUCUGGUGUCAAGAAGAACAAUAUGAUGUUACCUAUUCUGAAGAAGCAACUGGAGAGGAUGCAAGCUGCUAAGUCAAAGCAAAGCUUCGAAAAGAUGAUCCCCGUCCUUGUCGACUUGAUCAAGCAGAAUGAACACCUGAUGAAUGAUUUGACUCAGCUUCUGUUCGACUUUGUUGGUGCAAGAAUGGCGCUUGAGGAGCGUGUUGCUAAGAAUACUGUUGCUGUCGGUGACAAGGAACUCAACAUUGAUACCCUCAAAAUUUGA